AUGUCUCAACAGCCAUGGUUCAGAGGGCCAGUUUGUGGGACCGAUAAUUGUCGAUCAAGAUUGUUCAGAAGUCAGGAUGGUCUUACUAUUUGUCAAUUUGGUCAUGUGUUGGAAGGUGCAGUUGAAAUCAACGAUGAGCCCGAUGUUGGAGGUAUGGUUCAAACAAGAAGAAUCAAUACAGUUGCUGUGGAUGAAAGAGGGCUUAUGUCAAGUGUGGCUCGAUCUACUAGUCAAGCUGCAAAGAAGACACAAGAAAGAUUAAGUGGGGAUGAUGCAUUAACCAUGUACCAUAAAUGUUUACAACUUCUUCUUAAGCAUGAGUUGAAAAGAUUUAUUGAAUUGUUUUUUAGUGAUGGGAUAAAACAAGACUUGAUUUUAAUAGUGAAAAGAAAUUGGGUCAGACUUCUAUCAAAUAAUGAGAAACAUAUGGUUGAUACGUUGGAUUUAAUUUGCCUUGUUUAUAUAUCUGCAUUGGAGUUACAGGCCUAUCCCAUAUAUAUCCCUGAUUUAUUAGAGAACAUUAAAUCAAAUAAUAUCCCUUACAUCAGAACUUUGCACUUAAUUCCAAAAGAAAUGUUGGACCAACUACCUACAUUAUACCAUAAUAGAUUGCAACCAGUUUCUUUACCAGAGAAUGGACAGAUCUUCAAGAGAUUACAAAAUACUGGAAGUUGCAUAACCAAGGGAUGUCUUUCAAUACAAUUGAGUUUUUACUUUCCAUUCUUGUUCAAACUUUUAUCAGAGCAUUUCUUACUACCCAAUGCAAUAGAUUUAUAUAUGAAAUGUUUCAACAUUUUAAAAUCUAAACCUUGUUUUGAAGUGGAUUUUUCUCAAAAGAAGUUUAACUUAUUGGUACUGAAUUUUCCUGAGAUUUAUAUCUCUUCAGUGGUGAUGGCGGUCAUUAGAGAAAAUUUUCGUAAAGUAGACAAAAUCGAACUUUCACAAUGGUUAAAAGAACUAGAUGAUUUUGACUUAAACAAUGAAUAUAAUUCAAAGGAUAGUCGGUUAUUAGAUUGGUCUGAUGAGAAGGUAGACAAGUACUGUGAUUGGAUUUAUGAUCAUAUCAUUCCAAAGAAAUCAAAACUAGAUGAGCAUAAUAAUAACGAAACAUUGACGACUAUGGAGAAACGUUUAUUUCAAAUAUUCAAUAUUGAAAAUGAUAACAACAUGGGGGAUAAGGACGAAAGUGACGAAACACCAAUGUACCAAGCUUUAAGGAAGAUCAUGGACAAGCAAAACGCCAACCCUAGUGUUGCCAGCCUUCAAGAUCUAGAUUCUAAGCUAGAUAGCAAGUUUGCAGGUUUAUUAGGAUUGUAG